UAGAGGAAGAAGAAGAAGUGUCUGCUUUUGAUUUGGCUAAUUUUUCUAAAUCUCUUACUGGAGGAGAGAAUUUUGACGAAGAAAACAUUAAUGAGUGGAUAAAUUGUGAUGCCAAUGAUCCAGGAUUUGAGCGUCUUAGUGAUGAACAAAUAGUAAGUGGAGCAUUAGAUACAGUUUCGGAAAGUGAAGGUGAAGAAGAAGAAAACGAUGAAAUAAAUGAUGUAAAGCAAGUGAGCCAUGAAGAAGCUCUAAAACAUAUAGACGGGAUCAUUAAAUAUCUAGAAGAACAAGACGAUACAACUCUGUGUGACAAAAUGUUAUUAAAAAAACUUCAAUCACAAGUUAAAAAGAAGAGUUUUCAAACAAAGAAACAAAAACUUUUGACUGAUUUUUUUAAUUAAUUAUUUAUUCAUUUAACAUUUAUUUAAAUAUUAAAUAUUAUUUAUUUUAAUAAUUUAUAUUUAUUAUUAUAAAUAUAUUGUGAAUAAAUUUAAAUAAAUUCAAUUUCAACUUAGUUUUUAUUGUAAAAUUUAAUUUUGCGGAUUAUCCGCGGAAUUCGUUUAUCCGUGGAUGUCCUGCCACCCUAUUCCACGGAUAAUCGGGAGUUUACUGUAUAUAGUUAUCAUAAUUGUAUACUUGUGACUUUUUUUAUAACAUUUUUAAAUUAGGGGCCCCUAAAUUGUUUUCGCACCGGGGCCUUUAGAGUUUAAGAUUCGGCACUGAGUAUCUUUACUAUAACUUGUAUUUCAAGUUCAAUUACUACCCAAUACUGUUUAAUAUAUACUAGAGGGGGACAAAUACUUAUCAUACAUAUUUAAAAUAUAACCUUGAAAUCAUACUAAGUAAAAUCUUGGCAGCAGUGUUAGCAAAAUGAUCAAAAGUAUUGGUUAUUGUCUUUUUUCAAUAAUUCAUUUUACAAUUUAACUAGAAAAAUUAUAAAUAAUCUUUUGGAUUAAACUUUGGCCAAAGUUAAUACAACAAGUUUAUAAGGAAAAAUAAGUACGAAGUGUUAUUGCUAAACAUCUUUUAAUAAGCACAUGUUUCCUAAAUCUUAAAAUAUUUUGUUUGAAUGAAACACUUAAAAUUCCAACAUUGUGCAGAACUCUUACAAAACAAAAAAAGGCAAAAGCAAAAAUGAACAAAAGUUUUGAAGUGCUUUUAUUGUCGUAUAUGAAGUGUUCUGAAACUUACUGUGAUAAAUUUAUUGAUAAGAAAGUUCAAUCGUCAUAAUUUUAUAUAUUUAUAUAUUAUUUUUGUAAACGAAAACUUGAAUUGAAAUUAUUUGUUAUACUGCUAUUUUCACAUUAAGUUCAGUUUAUUUAUUUUGCCGAAAUGUUCGAUUAUUUUUAUGUGUAUAUGAUUGGAUUUUUAGACAUUGCAAGUCUAGGAUUAAUAAUGCCUGCGUUGGGUCGUCGUCUUAGAGAAUUCGGCGCUUCUCACUUCCAAGUAUCUUCUUUAGAGUCAUUAUUUUCAGGUCUACAAAUGAUCACAAGUCCAAUAGCUGGAACGUUAAGUGACCGAUAUGGGCGAAAACAAAUGCUAACAUUAUCUAUGAUAAUAAGUGCCAUGGGAUUUUUCGCUAUUGGUCAUUGUUACACUUAUAUUUCAGUUGCAAUUAUACGGCUAAUAUUUGGUUUUUUAAAACAUACACUUAUGUUGGGCAGAUCACUAUUAGGAGAUCAUAUUCCAAAAGAGCAUUUGAUUAAUGCUCAUGGAAAAAUGAACAGUUUUGUAUCAUUAGCUUUCAUGAUUGCUCCAGUUAUUGGUGGUCGUUUGUCAGAACAACCGAAUGGUUUUUUCAGUAUAGCCUGUUUAACCAGUUUACUUUGUGUUUUUAAUGUUGCAAUUAUUGUUUUAUUUGUACCUAAUAAAAAAAUAAAAACCAAUAGUAUACAAAAAGGUAUGUUGAAUAACUUUAAAGAAUUAAAUUGGUCUCUCUACUGGCCGUUAUUAAUUAUGCGAUUUAUGUAUAUGGCUACAAUAUCUACAAUUAUGACAACUUUAGGUCUAGUAUUAACUGAAACCUAUAAGCUUAGCCCUUCUCAAGUUGGUUAUGUUAUAUCAUUUAAUAGUUCUAUAGGUGUAGUCACUGGAUUUUUUGUAUCUAAACUAGCCACUAUUUUUAAGUCAUAUAGUACAUUUAAUAAAUGUUUUUACAGCUUCUUAUUGUUAUCUUUUGGACAUUUUUGUUUUUCAUUUCAACCAAAUUUAAUGUAUUAUUUAUUGUUUACAAUCCCCGUGAGCGUUGGAGGCACAUUAAUCGAAGUUUUUUUAAAUCAGUUAUUAUCUGAACAUUGUAAUGAUAAUAAUAGGGGUUCACUGGAAGGUGCUAUGUAUAGUUUUUCCGCAAUUGCACGUUUCAUUACUCCCAUGACAGUAGGUGUAUCUAUGGAUAAAUUUGGUGCACGAGGUGCAUAUCUAUUUGCAUCCACGGCUGCUUUAUGUGGUGCUAUUUUAGCAAAGUUUUAUGAUAAUAAAAAAGUCAUUAAAAAAAUUCAUAAUUCAUAGAAUUAUUCAAAAUUACAUUAUGUAUUUUGUAUUAAAUAAGUUUUAAUUAAAAAAUAAAUUAAUUGUUCUAUUAAAUGA